GCUGCUCUUUUAUCAUGGACGCUGUGCUGAUCUCUCAAGACCCUUCGAGACAUGAGGACAUUCCUCUUUCUCUUUGCUGUUCUCUUCCUUCUGGCCCCAGCCAGGAACGCGUUUUUUGACGAGAAAUGCUCCAAGCUUCAAGGGAGGUGCGUGAAUUCUUGUCAGAAAAAUGAAGAACUUGUUGCUCUCUGCCAGAAGUCUCUGAAAUGCUGCCUGACCCUCCAGCCAUGUUGGAAGAACACAAAUGAUUAA